AUCAAGAAUCGAUUGUAUAAUGGUAAGGACAGAGGGGAACAUAAGGAAUCAUAAAUGAUAGGGCAAUGUAGGAUUAUGUACAGCAAAAGUAUUAUGGUUGCAUUGGGCGGCGUUUUGGGAAGUCUUGAGAUUAGACGAAUAGAUGAUCUUCACUUUUGUAUAUUGGUUCAUGGAGGUUGGUAAGUUUGUGUUGUGAGCACGAAGGAAAUGAUGUUAAACGAACGGAAUGGCUUUCUCGACUUGUCCUACCUACCCAAUCGUACUCGGCAAUAUCCAUUUGGCUGUGCAUGCAUGCAGCAUGAGGUACGACAUUUAUCUUGGCUUUCAUUCGUUCUAAAUUCUUCAGGGCCGGCCUAUGUCUAUCUAGGCACAAUUUCGACGUCGAUCAACAUCGCAGUACUAUUUUACGGUCCCAAUACCUGAUCUCAUCCAAUUAUCAAGAAGAUUCAAAGUUAAUCCACCUAGGAAACCUUGGAAUAGAUUUCGACGCUAAUCCCCCCCACUUAGGCCCUUCUACUCUCGCUGGAAUCCUCACUAGCUCACGGAAUACGAAAGCCCAUGACUUCAUUCGUAUAACACAUUACAAGCAAGCAUCAAGCAUCAAGCAUCCUUGAGCAUUUCGAGUAAGUUGUACGGCAUCAAUACGGUAUUUGCAUAUUUUUCAGCUAAAGUUAAUGAGGGCUCAACGGUAUUUAAACUGGGUUUACCUGGCAGCUAGGUCGGUGAUAGGCAUAUGGCACGGCUCAUGGUAUGCUAAAGCUCGUAUAUGAUGCGGCAUUCCACUAAAAGCCAAAGUAUGUGUAUAUGAGAUUGCUAUUGAUUCUUGCGUUUAGGGCUUUUUUUUCUUGAACGAUAAGGCUUGGCGCCCAGUAUUCAGAUGAGCCAGUUCACUUGUGUUACGUGAAGUCACGCAGGGUAGUAAGUUGGUGUAAGUAUGUGUGAUGUGUAUAUAAAGGUAGGUGAUUUUCUUCGUUGUUUGUUGUGUUUGUUCCUGUAUUCUGCAUUCAAAAUCUAAGUUGAAUUCAUCAUGAAGAUCUCAAAACAUAUUCCACUUUUUGCUGGAUUAGUAAGUGCGGUUUGGGGGCAGGAAGAUAAUAGUUGGAUUCAGGAGCAAUGGGAUGUUAUUGUUGUAGGAUCUGGCCCUGGGGGUAUUAUUGGUAUGUAUUUCAGUUGUGUGUAAAAGAAAGUGCACUGCUUAUUUAUCAUGCUACAGCUUCUUCACGACUUGCAGAAGCAGGUCUUAAGACUUUGCUACUUGAAAGUGGUGGACCUUCCUAUGGAAUUACAGGUGGGGAUUUGAAUGCCAGGAGGCCAGUGAGUUUAACUUCUCCUUUGGAAAAGAUUUAUGAUUUCUAAUUCUUGAUAGGGAUGGUUAAGUGGUACGAAUCUUACGAGAGUUGAUGUACCUGGACUUUACUCGACAAUCUUUGGGGAUCCCAGUGCGGACAUUCUCAUGUGUGGUUCAGAUCAGGUAAAUGCUUAUGGAGGUUGUACGAUCGGAGGAUGUUCAGCCAUAAAUGCUGGACUAUACUUUGAGCCUCCGGCCUCUGAUUGGGAUACAUAUUUUCCUGAGGAAGUGAGUAUUAAGCCUUUACAAUCUUAAUAUACCAAGGUGUUAACUCCAAAUCUAGUGGAACUCCCAAAACAUGGAUGCUGCUAUCCAGCGUCUAUACGACACACAACCUUCAACAAGCCUUACUUCCCAAGACGGUAUCCGUUAUCUUCAAUCAGGAUAUAAUGCCGCCAGGAAAUGGUUAGUCGAAGGAUUAGGCUACAAAGAUGUGGAUAUCAAUGCUGAAGCCGAUGAUAAAACUGGUGUAUUCGGAUACCCAAUCUUUGACUAUUCCAAUGGUCAGAGAGGAGGUCCCACCACUACUUAUCUUCAAUCUGCUCUUAAGCGCAGCAAUUUCCGUCUUCAACACGGAGUUCGCGUAGUAAGAGUUGAGCGACAUGGUGAUACAGCCACGGGGGUCACAGCUCUAGUCAAUGGUGUCGAAACAUUCAUUUCGGUUACAUCAACAGGAAGAGUAAUAUUAUCAGCCGGAGCCGUCGUCAGUCCUUCACUCCUAAUGCACUCUGGAAUCGGCGAUUUAGCAACUCUCUCCAGACUCAAUUCCUCAGGAAAACUCUCCCCCAAUCUCACAAGUGACGAAUGGAUAAUCAGCUCCGAGAUCGGAACCGGCCUUUUCGAUAACCCAAACACAUAUAUCGUACUCGAAAGCGACUCCAUAGAAUCCUACAAAUAUUCCUACGAGUCUCCCCCACCAGAAGAUAAGGAUCUGUACCUGAACUCCCGCAGCGGUCCCUACACCUUCGCAUCCGAAACCUCCGUCUUCUGGACCACCAUCUCGCACGCCGACGGAACAAAAGUCGGAGUCCAAGGCACCAUCGGCUCAUCCGGCUACGCAGACUACACCUCCAAUCACAGCAUCACCCUAAACGUCUACGGUACAUCCGGACUCCUCUCCACGGGCUCCGUCAUCCUCGACGAUAACUUCAUCCCCGGUUCUAGCAGCAGCGUGUAUUAUUCCAAUCCGCGCGACGCACAGGAUAUAUCCCAAUUUAUCUACGAUAUCUUUGCCGGUCUUCCAGCCGCAGGUCUCACACCUCUUAACAUCCCGCAAAAUUCUACUCGUGAGGAAAUCGAAACGUAUAUCACGACUUCGUCGGCCUAUGCGCGCGGUCAGGUAAAUCACUGGAGUAGUAGUUGUCGAUUGGGAAAAUGCGUGGGUGUGGAUACGAAGGUUAUAGGAAUGGAGAAUAUUCAUGUGGUUGAUGCGAGUAUUCUUGCACCUGUGACGGUGAAUCCGCAGUUUGCGGUUAUGGCUGCGGCGGAGAAGGCCGCCGAGUUGAUUUUGAAGAGUGUCGGGGUGGAGUGUGGGUUUUGUGCUAGUGCUAGUGCUAGUGUUGGUGCUAGUGUUGGUGUUGAUGCUGGUGUUGGUGCGAAGGAAGAAGGUGGAAGUUAUGGUGCGUAUGAGAGUUACGGCAGUUAUGCGAGUUAUGGGGAUUAUAAGACGGAGUAGGUGUGAGUCAGAUUGUUGGGUGAGGGGGAAGGUAUGGGGGAUUAUUGGAAUUGUUGAAUGGAUUAAUAGGUAAUUGGGGAGUGGGAAACAGGACAUCAGGCGUUUACUGUCAUUAUCAAAGUUUGUAAUCUUAAUUGAAUAGCAGAUUCAAAAGUAGGGUUUAUUGGAAUAUGGAGAUAUUGGGAUAUUGGAAUUGAAAGGUGUUUUCUGAGUGGGAUGGAUAGGAUCGCGAUAGGAUUAUUGACUCUGAUAUGGAUAUUUUAAUUCAUUCAUUCAUUCAUCUAUACAUU